AUGGCGGCCAAGUCGGAUGGCGGCGGCGGCGGUGGCGGUGGCGGUGGGGGAGGCUUCGCCCAGCUGCACAACCUGGACGAGGCGUCCGCGGCGGGCGUCGGGGCGGCGCCGGGGGAAGGAGCGGAGGAGCCGGGCGGCAGCAGCUCCCUGCACAUCUGCCACUGCUGCAACACGUCGUCGUGCUACUGGGGCUGCCGGAGCGCCUGCCUGCGGAAUCUCUUCGGCAGGGCGGCUGCUACCGCUGUUACCACCGCCGGCGCCGGCACCGCCGAGCCGCUGGCCCCGCGCCCCGCCGACGAGGGGCCGCCGCGGGCUGCGGAGGUCGGCGGGGCGGGCGAGCGGCCGUGGCUGGACUGCCUGUGGAUCGUGCUGGCGCUGCUGGUGCUGCUGGGGGACGUGGGCACGGACCUGUGGCUGGCGCUGCACCACUACGGCCGGCGGGACUACGUCUGGUGCGGCCUGACGCUGGCCUUCGUGCUCCUGCCCUCGGUGCUGGUGCAGAUCCUCAGCUUUCGCUGGUUCGUGCAGGACUACACGGGCGGAGGGCUGGGGGCCGUGCAGGGGCUCAGCAGCCGCGGGCCGCCCAUGAUGGGGGCCGCCGGCCGCCGGGGGGGACCCGCCGGAGGGGUAGGAGGAGCCGGCGGCACCGCCACCCCCGGGGCGCAGCGCCUCUGCAGGAUCUCCGUCUGGGUCUGGCAGUCCGUCAUCCACCUGCUGCAGAUGGGACAGGUCUGGAGGUAUAUCCGAACUAUGUACCUGGGGAUCCAGAGCCAGAGGCGGAAGGAACACCAGCGGCGUUUCUACUGGGCUAUGAUGUACGAAUAUGCAGACGUAAAUAUGUUGCGCCUCCUGGAAACGUUCCUCGAGAGCGCCCCUCAACUGGUGCUACAGCUCUGCAUAAUGAUCCAAAAGAACCGUGCAGAAACAUUACCAUGUGUGUCCUCUGUGGCCUCCCUGAUGUCCCUGGCUUGGGUGCUAGCCUCCUAUCACAAGCUUCUUCGGGACUCUAGGGACGACAAGAAGAGUAUGAGCUACAGAGGGGCCCUCAUCCAUCUCUUCUGGCGCCUCUUCACCAUCUCAUCCCGAGUUAUUUCUUUUGCUCUCUUUGCUUCCAUCUUCCAGCUCUACUUUGGGAUCUUUGUAGUGGUCCAUUGGUGUGCCAUGGCUUUCUGGAUCAUCCAUGGUGGGACAGAUUUCUGCAUGUCUAAGUGGGAGGAGAUCCUCUUCAACAUGGUGGUAGGGAUUGUGUACAUUUUCUGCUGGUUUAAUGUCAAGGAAGGGCGGACUCGAUACAGAAUGUUUGCGUAUUACACGGUAGUCCUGACGGAGAACGCUGCCUUGACGCUCCUUUGGUAUUUUUACAGAGAUCCUGACACUACUGACUCAUAUGCCGUGCCAGCACUGUGUUGUGUCUUUCUUAGCUUUGCUGCUGGGAUAGCUUUGAUGCUGUUAUAUUAUGGUGUGCUGCAUCCCAUGGGGCCAAGAGCUAAGAUCUUUGCCAGCUCCUGUUGCGCCGAGCUGCUCUGGGGCAUUCCUUUGCCCCCUGAUGUUGAGCCCAUGGCACCCCAAACCCCUGGGUACCGGGGGGCCCAGGCUACGCCCACCAGAGCGGUCACGGAGCAACAGGAGGAACUCACAGCUGACACUUGCUUGCCCGUUUUCCAGGUGAGAGCAAUGGUACCAUCUACUCCAUCUGGGCGACCCUACCCCCCCGAGGGGCCUCUCAUUAAGAUUGACAUCCCGAGAAAGAGAUAUCCUGCAUGGGAUGCUCAUUUUGUAGACAGGAGGUUAAGAAGAACUAUCAACAUCCUCCAGUAUGUCACCCCCACAGCUGUAGGUAUUAGGUAUAGAGAUGGACCUCUCUUAUAUGAGUUGCUACAAUAUGAAUCUUCACUUUAAAGCUCCUUAAAGCAAAAGUAAAAGAGGGGACCUUAUUUUUGUUUACGGUAAACACAGAUCAUGAAACAAACACAAACCUUCAGAUAAGCUUUCUUUCUGGUUGCUGUAUGUAUAAAAAAAAAAGAUAUUCUCUAUGUUUUGUAAGUAAAAACAAAAAGAAAAACUUUUCUUUUGUUUUUUACACACAAGAAACAGUAUUUCAACUUCCACACCUAGGAUUCACAGGUGGAGAAGGAGGCAUCUCCACAUCAGUUUUAUACCGUACACCAAGUGUAGAACAUUAUUUAUGGGAUUGGUGCUGAUUGAAAAAUAAAAAAACAAACAAACAAACCUACAACUGCCUUAUGCCCUUAGGUGCUGAGUUUCAUUAAGUACUGUCACCUUUCUCAUGCAAAACUCUUUGAUGAUUAUAUGCCAGGAAAAAAAGAAAAAAAAAAAACACACAACUGAAAUACAAACCUUAAAAUUAAAAAUACUAACAAUAAAAAUAAUAAAAAAGAGAGAAAUGUUUGAAAAAAUGUCACAUUGAUCUUAUUGGAUUUAGCAUUAAAAAAAAAAAUGCCUAAAGAUAAGAAAGCAAAGCUACCCCCAAUGGAGUUUGAUUUUUCAAAAGGCUGAAAGACAAUAUCAGGUCUGUAACUCUGUCUGGCUGUGCAUUUAUAACACCAUUUGGCCAAGCCUGCGCACCUUGACCAAGUCACGUUAUAAAUGUGGUCCCACCCUGUAACCCUUUUCCUCGUGUAAACGGGCCAUGCGUAAUGGUCGGUUUGCACUGGAUUAGUAUGGCAAUGCAGUAUCUGAUCUUGUUUUGAACAAUUGCACACGCAAAAGCACCACUGGCUUCAGUGGAGUAAAUAACAACCGCCUGAGCCCAGAAUGAGGCCUGCCACGUUGAUUUCUGGAAAAUAAGAAAUCUGCAAAUGUUGAAAUUAUAUACCAAAAAUGCUAUACUAAAGUACAUUUACACAUAUCUAACAACUAUUUCAGUAAUAAUAAAACUCAGCAUAGUAGCAAAAAGCGAGUCAAUUUAAAGGCACAAUACUUGAUCAGUGACUGGCAAAAUAAUUUGACCUACUGUAUCAUUUUAAGGCUGUGAAAGGCAUACAUGUAUUAUUUGUAAUCUCGUGUAAGACCUGUCACGUCUCAUUCAGUGCGAGCCUUAAAGUGAUUGUAAAGCAUCCUUCGUUUCAUUUUUGGGUUUGGGGGUUUUGAUUUUUUUGUUUUGUUUUGGUUUGUUUUUUUAAGGAAAACAAAAUCUGAAAAUCGGGAUUAAAAAAAAAAAACAAAACACCAUAAACAAACAACAACAUAAAAAAAACAACAAACUUCUUCAAAUGGUAAUAACCUGUAAACUGACUCAACGUCUUGAGAUGAUUUGGUGCUUUGUAUUUUUGUUGAUGUUGUUGUUGUGAUUUAGCUGAGAAUUCUUCAACUCGGUACAUGUGGGGAACUGCUGAUAAACUGUCUCGUGUCACCCUCGACUGUAAGUACAUGGCAAGAAAGAACACCACAGGAAAUUCAAGAGCAUAGCGAGAGCAUCGUGAUUUAGCUUAGCCUUCUCACCGCAAGGAGAUUCUGCCGCCUCCGAUAAUGGCAAAGCGUAGACGGUCGCCUGCCAAGGGUCGCGUGGUUGUCUUGACAUUUCCAAAUAACCCGCUCGCUGUCUGACCAUUCGCAUCUCUCGACUUCUGUUUCUGUGCUGGAAUCUCUGUUUCGAGUUAAAUCACAGGGUUGUGUCUAUCUAACACCCUUUUCCUUUUCACGAGUGUUGCUCCUUUAAAGGAAUUUUCCCAUUUCAGGGCAUCCUUUCAAUCCCACCGUCCCUCUGCUUUGGAGGGGAAAAACAACAACAACAAAAAUGAUAUUUUUAAGUGAAUACUGUAGUAUUUUCUGUGUGUAAUUGCAAUUUUUUAUUCCAGAAAUACUGUAACUGUCUAGGGUGCAAAACUCCCAUGCUGACCUAUUCUGAAAAGGUCAGCAUGGGGGGAUAUUUUUUUAAUUAUGAUUAUGAUUUUUUUUUUAAUUUGAUGAAUCAGUUGUUUUUAAUUAUAAUAGCAUUUAAAGAAACUAGUACAAAUUUUAUAUAACAGUUUAACGAAGCUGAAUGCUUUCUUCGCCUGAAUAUACCUGAAGAGAAACAUUUUUUUCAAUCAGUAAUCCUUUGCAGUGUUCUGAGAAAAAUGUAUUUAUUAUUUUUUUUUCAGUUGUGUCAUUUUGUUAUGUCAAGAAAACUUUUGACUUGUGUCUGUCCCUUUUAAGGAGGGCAGGACUCAUUCACGCCAAACUAUAGACACACGGCAAAGUUUAUAAGAAGCCAAAUUGUCACUGGUACUGUAAUUCCCAGUCAAACUCCAUUUCAGGCAAAUGUUUCUGGGCUCUGAUUACAACCAACACGAUGGUCACAUUUUCAGGCAAAGGGAGGGUUUUCAUCUUGUCAUCCCCUGCCUAAAUUCCCAAUCCCUUGUUUGUUGUGCACACAUAUAUCUGUAUAUGCACCUAUGCAUAUUUGUGAAGAGCUUUCAUUUCCUUUCUCUGUCGUCCUUGUCCCUUAACCAGUCCCCUCUCAAGUGUCCUACUAACAUGUCACCCUGUUCCUUCCCUAAUCAGUACGCUGUCUCCAUCAAAAGAGGUAAUUUGUGAAGUGAACUUGCCAUCCUCAGCUGCUGAGCAAUUUUGCACCACUGUCAUACAAAGAUAAGGGUGCCCAUCCUCUGGCAACCGGCCUGCAUUUCUCCUCCCAAGACUUCACUUGGUUCUUUUUCUGUGAGGAUUCGCCUUUACAUUUACUCUGAUCCACUCCCCUGAGCCUCACACCCUGUGUAAAGACUCUACUUAGUCCUUCCAUGAAGAGGUCUCAUCUACACAACCACCUUUUCAUUGGCAAAAGCAUGAGAAAGGAAUGGAUGGGCCAACCACUGCACUGUCCUUGGGGACAUUUCCUCCUGGAGAUGGCACCCGCAUUUCCAAAGGCACCAGGAGAAGGUCCCCCUCCGUGAGCGCAUCAACCAAGAAGCCUGGUUUGGAGAUGUGAGCCUCCUGGACAGCCAGACCUGCCUCUUCGCACCAGGACAGUGAAAUGAGUCAACGAGCCAAGGCAACUCUCACUGGGAGUCGAGGAGGAGACCCUUCAGUGCUGCCUGACCUUCUCGUCAGCACCUGCAGCCUGCCUUCCCUCAGGAACGGGACCCUCGCUCCACACCACCACACCGACAGCCGUCCUCUCCGUCCCACCACAGGAGCGGAGGGGCAAAACACUCUAGAAGUGACCUUACCUCUCAACACAGUGCUAAUAUCUCACAGCCAAACCAGCUUGACUAAGGGCUUGACACAUCUCUGCUCCGAAGUCCUCCUUCUUCCUGGCUCGUAGUACGGAUGACAGCGAAGGCAGGUACCUCCUCCGUGUGUUAAGACUGUUUCAUUACCCGUGUCACAUAAACUUUCUGCCUCUGCUACUCGUCCUUGCUUUCAGUGAUACCCACUGGCAUCCUGAUUUAGCAACAGAUCUCCAGUGAGGGCCUGUCCCAAAUCUGGAGAACUAUUUCCCUCUGAAAGACUUCGAUACAGCCUUAACAUAAAGCUCGGCCACCACACCCAGCGAGUCCUUGGUGCUGGGUUUGGGGUGGUGACCGUUUCCUCUAGAGAUUAUCUGCCAAAAAGCGCCUUUUGCCAAGCCAAAAGCAUGGGGAGCAAAACUGCCCCCAGCUCCUUAUUCGUAGCAAUCCCAAUGCUGAGUCUUGUCCUUGCCUUUUUUUUAAUUAUUAUUUUUAUUUAUUUUACCUGGGGUCCCUUUGUUUUUUGCUGUGCGCUCUGGCAGAGUGGUCAGUCUCUUGCUGUGAUUGCACCAGAUUUUUAACUCCCCCGCUUCUCCCUGUUAGGUUUGUUGUGCCACGUCCCACCUCCUUGCCAGAAGAUACUGCGUGAGGGGUUUUUCGAACUGUCACGGAGAAGGUUGAGGCCAUAAUUAUUCCCAUCACAAGCUCAGCGGGCGACUUCUCUGGGAUGUUUGUGCUGCCGAAUUCACCCCGGGAACAUCUGAAUCAGCCACCCACGCCAUGCCAGCGCAAACCAGGGCACAAGGGCUCCACCACCCCCGCUGUUUAAGUGCUCAAACCCUCCCUGGCAUGGUUUUGACCCACUCCAGCAAGCCCUGGGCUUGGGCACAGCUUGCACAGGCAUUGACACUUGCCAAAGACCAUCCCCAGCUGGCAGCUUGGAUGCGGCCGCUCUGUAUCGGGGUGAAGUUUAGUAGUACGGAUGUGGCCAGCACAGUUGGCUUCAUGGCCAGAAUGGAUCCUGGCAGUGCUUAUUUUGCUAAUAAAGAUUUAUCUGUAUGCAACAGACCGGGAUUCAGCAUUUGGUGGAGUACAUCAGCUCUGGCCUGGCAUACUUCUAUUUUCUGCCCAGUUCAAUGGACAAAGUAUUUUUAGUUCGCUGUGUUCUUUUUGCUGAGCUUUUUUUUUUUUUUUUUGCAAACAGCAUCACUUAUAUUGUUAUGAUGUCAACCCAUCCCUCCCUCCCGCCGUCCAUGUCAGAUGGCUGGCAUGCUUAGUCUGGUAGUGUUAUACAUCUGCAGGCAGUUAACGUGGAGGCAUGAAUGGUUCAGACCAGACCAAGGCAACAACGGAAAAUACAAGAAUUACAAGGUCCCUGACCAUGCCCUUGUCAUGCUUUGCCACCCACACGAGAUGUUUUUCAUCCAAAGCACAUCCAACCCGGACGGGAGAAGAGGAGCCAAUGCGGUGCAAUUGCCAGUGGAAAGCGCAAGUAAGCCACCGAUUUCAAGAGUAAAUAUAUAUUUUGCAGGGUUUUGGAUGGGAGCUAAUUGUCUGCUUCAUCCUGUCCUUUUCUGCACCUGCCAAAAAUCAGUAGCCAUUUGCAUGUAUUUGUAUUUAAAGCUGACCAGAUGAAAUGGGACAGAAUUACUUUCAAGCUUUAGUCAGUGGGCUGCUAAAAUCUGGCUGAUGGUGCUCGUGAGGGGAGUGUUGCUGCUGACUUUCAGAGAGCGAUCGUCCCUUGCCCUUCAGCCGUAUUUUCAUACACACAAGAUUCACUUCACAAUUUAUCCCUGCUCCUCACCCCUGCACAGCAAUGCAUGAAGCAUCUGUCGCCCAUACACCUGCAGCAUGAGUAAACCUCCUAAAGAAAAUGUGGUCUGAGGUGCGUCCAGCAUGAUUUCAUAGAAGCUCAGAGGUGCUUUGAAAAGGAAAACUUACUACUGUGCAUUUGCAAAACCUUUUAGUGCCUGCUUGCUGGGCAGCUUGGGCAAGAGACAAUUUGGAAGCUGCCAGAGUCAGUAAAAAUAAAUUGUAGAGACAGGCUUUUCUAGGAUCUUUUCUUCUGUUACUGGGUUAGCUUUUCUCUGGAUUCUGUUCAGAUCCAAUGUGGUCAUGCAAAAACUAAAAGCAACAACAACAACAAAACCCACGCAAAAGAAGGUCCGUGCCAAUCCCCAUAGAAGCCAAGGCAGAGGAUAUUUGCUGGUAGGGAUGAUGUGAACUCAGUUGUGCACCCUUUGCUUGUUGAAGCUUGCAUGUUGUUGUUACUUUGGCAGUUGUCUGAAGCCCUGGGGCUUUGGGGAUGGUGGUUUCCCAGGGUUGCGAUUGCUGUUUUUAUUUUUCCUUGGAGCUCAGGUGUAUUCUGGUGCAGAGAAUCUCAGCCUGGUUUGAAUGAGAAGACGUGAGGCUAUCCCAAAUAGACGUGGGCAAACCUUUCACUGUGUGCAGAACGCAUUUCCAGACCUUUGGGUACCGCUAGAGAUUGUCGCAAUCCGCUUCUUUCUCCAUGAGCUCGUUCAGAAUCACUUCAUUGUUCUGUUCUGUUUGAACCUGGAAAUAACGGUGUGGGGACUUUUUUCUGCUGUGGUGUGAUGUGAAGAAAGGGAGAACCCUUCCUGCUGAGCUAGAUAUUGCCUGUGUUCAUCCCUCGUUCCUUACUUGAAGCUCAGGCUGUAGGAUGAAAUGAGCUGGCAGAUAGCUGCAUAUGUUCCAUGGGCUCUCCACCAACGAGGAGGGAAGCAACUGGUGGCAAUUAAAAUAAAUCUGCCUAAGCAACCUGGACUUUAAUAUAAAUUUAAACACACAUGCAACCCAAUUGGAAAGGGUAAAAAAGAGUGGUGGUGAUAAAGCAAUGUGGACUAUUGUUUCCUGCUGUAUAUUUUAAAACAAAACCAACCAAAAAAAAUGCAACAAAAAGGCAUUGCAAGCAGACAAAACUGAUCUGAGAGCGUAAACUUUCCCCCUCUUUGGGACACAUGCAGCAAGGUAACUGUUGGAAAACCAGGCACUGUUAUACGCGGGGUUAUUUGGAUUUGUGCACGGCUGGCUUUGUCAGAUGGUCUUUUACAGCGAGCGUAGCAAGAGGCCGCGAUCGAAAGCUCAUUGCAGAUUUCUGGGCGACGGGACUCCUGGGUUUCAGCCCCAGCUCUGCCACGAUGUUGCUGUGUAACCUUGGGCAAGUGAUUUAACCUUUCUGUGCCUACAGUUUACCCAUCUGUACAUGGGUAUAAUAAUAUUUACCUACCUCACAGGGGUGUUGUGAGGCUUAAGCAAAUGCGAGCGAGAGGUGCUGGAGUUGCGCCGCGAUGUUUUCAUUCUUGCUGGGUUUGUGGCUGUUAUCAGGAAUGAGCAGUUGGCUACAACACGUGGAGGGAAAUCUCGCUGGUCUGGGCAUGUGUCGAGAAAGUGAUCUUAAGUCUUUUCUUUCCCCAAAAGCAAGGAAUGGAGAAAACUUCUGUGCGCCAACUGAAUAGCCUUGCUUUCCCAGUCAGAUGUAAUAGCACUGUUUGCAAUAUGAUUUUCUAACCCAGCAGGUGACCUUUCCCUUCUCCUUUCUGUUUCUGGAAACUUGAAACUAAAGAUCACAAAAGUAUUUCUGAACCGAACAGAUUACUGAUGAAUACUUGAAUUUCUUUAAAAGUUGCUCUCAUCAGCCACGGUUAAAGUGCACUAAUCUUUCAGUCAUCAGCUUCCAUCUGAAUACAGUGAAAAAUUUGCUCACGCUGUUUUGGAAUAGCCUGGACCUUGCUUGGGAGGCUGGUAUACCGUUUGCUAAGGACUCUUGUAGGCAUGGGAAAACUAGAGUCGCAACUGAUAAACACGUGAAAAACCUUUUAUUAUUUUUGGUUUUGCCUUUAAGUUUCCUGACUGCCUAGGACAGCACAAUAAUUGCAGUUUACUUGGUUGUGCAGUAGCUUUUUUCGAAUGGUUUCCUUACGUGAAGGGUGAAAGUGGGUUGUGAGAGGAUAACCUAGAGUCAAUGGUGCUCACACGCGGCUCUUCCCCAAACACCCGCUUCCCUGGAGAAAACCUGGGCCACGUCUAGAGAGACUUAAGUCAGGCCUGCCUUCACCGUCCUUCCUCAGGCAAAACCCCUUUUCACCAGCAGGAGUUUUGGCUGAUGAUGUGUCCGUCGAGGUGGAUUCGCCCCUGGUUGAACCCCCAAACACUUGGAUGAAACCCAGGGUAAUUCUCGAUAGAGUGAGGGAAGGGGUCGGGGUCAUUGCUCCAGGUAUCGCCAGUGGUCAGGUAAUUCAUAAGGGGAAAAAGCAUGCGACAGAAAGCCUUUUAUUUAUUUAUCUUUUUUAAUUAUCACUAUUUUUUCUUGUCUAAGUGUCCUGACCUUCAUAUAAUGUUUUGUUUUGUUUUGUUUUGUUUUGUUUUUUGGAAAUGCAGCGUGAGGCAAGACUUCCUGCUCCCUUUUCGCAAGGCUUUUUGAAGCCUGCUCGUGCAGUCCUUAUGCAGGCAAAACCCCUGGGUUUUGGUGUUGGGCUUCUCUUGCUCUCCUGAGUAAGGACCGUGAAAUCAGGCCUGUUCCGGAUAACCGGGCAGCCUUUCAGGGGGCCGUUUCUUUGCUUAAACCCAAGACCUGCCUUGCACAAAGCCAGAACGAAGCUAGGAAACCCUCCUCCUCCACCACCUCCGUCUCAGUCUGCCGCCUCCCUUCCUUGUCCCUCUCCUGUACCACCACGGGGAGGUCGGUCAAAGUCUUCUGGCUCCAUUGGUCAGGCUCUUCCACACGGCUAGCCAUGCAGCCACAGAUCUUCCCUCCGGGGCAGGGCAUGUCCAGAAGCCCUCUUCUCACAGAUGGGCCUCUUGUCAUGUGCAGCGGCUUGGGGUCUGCUCCUUCCCCGUUCAUCUCCCCAGCCAUUUCUUUUCCCUGUUUGAAGCACUUCAGCUCAGUGCUUCUGAGUUCUUUUUACUGCUUCUGUUCCAAAAAAAAAAAAAAAAAGAAAAAAAAAAGAUUGAAGCUGGAAAAAAAUCACAGCAAUGUAACUCCUUCGGUGCUAUGCUAACUGCUUUGUUCUACCCAACCAAAUGCUGGCCAACAUACAGAUCGUCCCUCUUUGUCCUAAGAAGCACCACACAUCCGUGUCUUGAACAGGGAUGGACGGAGAGGGGUGAGAGAGGGCAAGAGCGGUUCGGAAAGAGAUGAAAGUCUUAUGUGUAUCUAGUAGAAAAAAAAAUAGAAAAAAAAUAGAAAAAAAAAUAUGUAAAUGCAGAUUGCUUUCAAAGCUAAUUGUCGCCCACCUCGUGGAAAUAAAUAGGAUAAAUAGGAUACAGCCUUUAAGGUAUUGAGGGCAUUAUAUAUAUAUAUAUGUAUGUAUAUAUAUAAGAAAAAAAAAAUCACUUUAUCAAUAAAUCGCCCUUUAAUUUUCCUGAAAAUGCACUGCUCGACAGUAAACCCACCUGGCUGUCUGUGCAGCCAGCUGUUUUACUUCGAGCCGCUCCAGCAGCAAUGGUUAUUCCAACUGCAAAGGUCGAAAGGCAGAAGGGGAGAGAGAGAGCUCCUCCUGCUGUGUGCUGGGUCUGGGCUGGAGCAGGUGGCUAUGAAUUUUCGGGAUUAAAGGGACUAGUCGGCGUGUAUGUCUCUGUCUAUAUACACAGCCCUGUGGAAAUAUAGACAGGUAUACAUGCCAUGUUACUGCAGCAGUAUAUAUGUUUUAAUAUAUAUGAAUACAUUGCGAAUCCCAAAGGGCUUUUCAAGAUGAGGAAGGUAGUUUCUGGUGCGAGCUGCUAGCAGUUUGGGGAUUGCAGGCAGGGUUGUAAUAAAUGUUCCGAGUACGGUUUCUUAAAAGGGAAAACAGGGCCAGAAUCCAUCAGAAGCUUAAGGGCCUGCCGGGGAAAUGCUAUACCAACUGAUCUUCCUCUUUUUAAGGAAUUUGGAAGCCAAAAUCAGACCAAAAAUUACGGCCAAGUGCAGUGUCAGUAAAAUCGGAAAGACGCCACUGAUGUCCUCGCACUCCCCAUCCCCAAAACAUUCACUUCUACUGGUGCCAGGGAAGCCCGGACUGGGCAUUACUGGUCCUACUGGGCUUUCUUUAACCCGUGAUAACAGACUUUUUGUUUGAGCUUGUGGCUUUUGUUGAAGACCAAACAGAUCUUGGAUGAAAUCAGUUUCUUUCCAAGCAGAGCCAUCUGAGUUUGGCAACCCCCUGACCUACACGGGAUCUCUGGCCCUAGGUGGCUUCCCCUGCCACCAGUACCACCAUGGCAGUGGGAACAGGCAGCAAACUGGGUCCUCCUUCAUGGGGACCCGACCCCCAAAUCUGAUUUCAAGCCCUUAGGAUUCAAAUGCCAGCUGCCACCCAAAGGGAAUGAUGAUUGUUUUCUCUCCAGAUGUCAUUCUCAUCCACCAGUCACAAGGAGAAGGAUCUCAUAUUAUCCCGUGUUUGCCAAUAAAUCCCACUGCCAGAGCCCCUCUCCCUCAAACCCAGCUGAACACCACCUGCACGCCACCCCCGUCUUCCCUCUCCUUUUUUUUUUUCCACCUUAAAAGCAAACACUGUUAUUUCCCAAGUAACGAAGAUCCAGGACAAAUGCCAGAUGAUUACACCUGCAAUCUGUUCGCUUUAGGAUUUUAUUUCAGUUUCAGAGGGCAUAUGAGUACACACAGAGACGCAAGCCCCCUGAAAUUUCACUAGCCUGGAGCUAAAGCCACUUGACUUCAGUGGACUUGCUCUGAGCUGACACUGCUGGAGGAGAAACCAUGCACCGAGUGCCCCCCAGGGUCACCCCCAAAUUACUGGAGUUUCACACUGUUCCUGUAUAAUCUGGUGUUUUGUUUUGUUUUUUUCAACAAAUACUCAAAAUGGGGCAUCAGUCAGCAAAUUUAUGAAGGAUAAGUAGUAGGGGAAGUGUACUGGUCCUCACUUAUCCAUAGAACUCUUAGAGCUACUCCACUCACUAAACAAGCCUUAAAUUGGGUGUAAUUGCAGCCAUUUGGAGGAGAGCUGCGAUGCAUGUUUUCUAAAAAGUGUCCAAGUAGCCAAAUCCCAUGGCCCGUCUUCUCUAUGUAGGGAGAGUGAGAGAAGAGAUUUUGCAUCAAACAUCAACGUUUGCUGUUAGCUACAAAACGUGCCCUCUAUCUGAAAAAAUACUCAAUGAUUUUGACUAAUGGUUCAGCUCUCCCAGCUGUUUUACCAUUCCAGCCUUUUGUUCUGAUGGGAAUGGGAAGGAGUUUUGUAAGUGUUUAAAUCACUCAGGGAAGGGAUCUUUCACUUCUAGGCCUGGUGGCUUCCAUUUGUGUCAUCGGGCCAGGUUCAGACCAUUCCACUAACAGCAAUGUGAUUCCCUGGCACGAAACCAGUAGGAGAUAAAAGCAGGGGUGAGCCCAUGCGUGAUAUCCCAUGUAUUGCUUAAUGGUGAGGUGCUUGGAGAAGGUCCUUCACCAUGGCCCAGCCCCAGGAGCAGUUCCCCUGAGAACAGGAGUCCCAUGGAAAGCCUAGAUAUUUUGGAGGUUUUUAAGAUUUCUUGACUGCAGAGAAAAUUCAUAGCUUUGGUGUGUAUGUUUUUGGAUAGACUGUGGUAUACAGAAAGUAAAAUAAUGGUGCCUGAAGAUCUAUGUUCUCUUUCCAUCUCUGCUACGGGCUGUUGGGUAGGAAAACCAAGGAGAUUUUAGGGAUGUCUCAGCUGAUGCCUACCUGCCCUGCCUGAAUUCCCCAGUAUCAUUGUCUUGUGGUCCAGGGAAUGUGAUACGGGAAUGCUUGGGCUGUUGUCUGGCUCCCAUCACCAUCCCCACCUCCAGCCCUGGAUCUUUUCCAUACUUGCCCCAUGCAUUGCAACAAAGCUCUAAAGAUCCUGCCCUACCGAAGUGUUGGGAAGACAGAGGCUGGUUAAACACUUCUGGCAAAGCUCUUGAGCACCUUCUGAUUGAAAGGAAUUCUCUAAGAUCAUGGUGUCUUCUAAAAUUAGCUUUCAUCCUAGGAGCGCUGUUGAUUAGUGAAUUUUGAUAGUACUGGAAAAUUGGCACAGCCAUGGAGAAUAGCACAAUUUAAAUACUUAUAUUUCACAAGUGCCACUUUUCCCAUAAACAUUGAAAUUUGACUAAUCAUUGCCGGAACUCUUUGUUAGCAUUCAAAACCUGGAAAAUGUUCUUGCACUUGAUUCCUCAGAUAAACCUUAUUUAAAGAGCACAAAUUCCCAAAUCACCCCAAAAAGAGAAGCAGUUAAAACAAGACACCUGCGUUCUUCUAAUCCUUUAGCAAUGUGAUAAGCACUGAAUAUUGCCCAUCCUUCUUGCAGUAAGCACACUGAGCCAGGCUUAGUGCCCUGAAGUGGGGGUACUAACAUCCGAAGUGUUGUAGGACAGCAGUGUUCAUGCUGGGCAGAGCAGGUCAAAGCAAUGCCUCAAGUCCCCUUGUCCAUCUCCACGCAGCCUGGCAGAGCCAGAGAGGGAGGCUGAUCAUAUUUGGGCUGUUACAUGGAGCAGAAGAUGCCACGCUAAGCUUUUCUCCAUCCUCUGAAAUGCUUUGCUCUCCCUUAGGAAAACAACCAUGGAAGUCAACUGAGAGGCCAGGGAUUUACUACUGUCCUGUUUGGGCAUGGAGCUGGAGAAAGCAGAGGUGGAAAGAGCAAGUGGGUCAUCAGGCAUAUCCCCAGGAGCCACAUCCCUACAUCUCAUUGCUCCCCUAAAUCCUGUCCAGUUGGAAAUGAUCCAAAGAAGGGCCUUGCUCACCCCAGACCCUCUUGAUAAGGCACGUAAAACAGAAAUAGUGGUCUCAGCUUGCCUAGUAAGAAGGGGGUUUUGUUUCGUUUUGUUGUUUUGUUUUGAUUCUUGUUUUGCUAACUAAGCUUGAAACUCAGUCAUGCCCAUGCCUUGAAUUUUGCCUUAUUAACCAAACUCAGCCCAUUCUGGACCCAGGUCAUUCAUCCAAAGCUGUCCUUCCAGUGCCGUUUGACCCAGCUGCGGCUUGCAGAUGAGGAAGCCCAUCCACUGACAGCUCCUUUCCCCCCCCGUGGUGGCAUUUCAGCGCCGUUCCCAGUUCCCAGCAAGUUGCACGUGUGGCGUUUGGGAGAUAGAAGGAGCUCCCUGCUCUCAGCUGGCCACAAGAAGCAGCCAAGGGCAGCCCUGACCCUUACCUUGUAUUCCCCUGGGGUUCAGUGGCUGUCCCCUGGAUCUGGGCAAUGCCACAGGGAGCAGGGUCAGGCUGCUGCCUAAAAACCUGCUUAGAUGGUGGCUUAGAUGGGAUGGGCUGACAGGUGUCAACAGGGUGCAAAACUGGUGCUAUUAACUUGGCAGAGUGCCUGCCAGCCUCUUUUUUUUCUUUCUUGAUCACCCAACAAUUACCUAACCCGUGGGUUUAUGGGCACUCUGUAGUGACUUCUCUUUUCCCAGGAGGGCUCUCGGUAGGCAGUCUGUCUUGUUCCCCAGCUCUUUCUCGAAUUCCUACACCUCGGAGGGCAAGGUGGGCACGUGCGUGGGCUUCCAUGCCAAUUCAUGAGCAAAAGAAACAGAGCGAGGGCCAGCCAGAAAGCUCACUGCAAUCCGGGGACUCGCUGAGUGAGGAGGGGAUGAGAAGCAUGGGAUAAAGCUCGAGAAAAUCCGACAUACAAAUUUUGAUCUCUGUCUCAAUCCGACGGGACUUUGGUCCAUCCGCUGAGACUGCUGCCUGUGUCCGGGAGAGUUUUGUCUCCGGGCUCCCGGGGAGUGACAGAUUGAGAUAUUGAGGGCAGGGCUCUGUGGAGGGAUGAGAUCAGACUCGCUGAGUGCCUUCGACUUCCUCUUGCUCUAGUGGAAGCUGAAGGCAUCCAGCGCAUCCCAGGAGGCAGCCCACGUCAGGCUGUGCCCUGUUCCUCGUACAUUAUGUUUUGAGCGUCACCGUACAUCAGUGUGAGCAUCCUGAACGUGGCAAGAUGUGGUCUUUUUAAUUUAGGAAAGCUGUUGAAAAGUGUCCAAAGUGCUAGAUAAGAGCUCGCAAAAUCAACGUGCUCAUUAAAGGACCAAAUUCUGGCCUCCGUUUCACCCCGGCACCGGGCGCCCUGUAUGAACCCUGCUAUUUUUUAAAGGAUCGCCCUCUUUUUCUCUGCCGUUGGCAAGACCAGAAUUUGGCCUGGCCCCACCUGCCCUCAUUAACUCCAAAAGCCCUUUAUUUGUCGACAACGGUGAUGUUAGGGCAGUGACAUUUCAAUUCCCCAGACCUCGUGGUGCCUUUUCUUGUGGUGCUUACCCUUCACAGAGCUUCAGUCAAGGCAACCACUCGCAUCGAACAGCAAUGCCAGUACUUCUCCUCCGUAUCACGUGCCAGUGCAGUAACAGAAUUUAAUGUAUACAUAUAUAAAUACAAAUAGAUAGUUAGAUAUAUUGCUAUUGUUAUAAUUAUAUAUAUAUAUAAUUGAGGUUCUGAUGCCGCUGUAUGGGGAAUGGACCAUUCCUCUGCAGGAUGACACACAGCUCGAGUGAAACCAACAGCUCAACGUCCUGUCAAGGGUUGCGACCUGGGCAAGGAGCUUCUCUCGCGCGCGUUCCUUCUCCAGCUCCUUUCUCGCCUCCUGCCCAUCUCCUCCCUGCUGCCAGGAUCCGUUCUGCACCGCAGCAAUUCCUCACAAUUGCUGGGGCAGAUGCCCUGUGGCAACAUCAUCCUCCCGCUGCAGGACAGGGAGAUGUCCCCUUGCUGCAAGAGGAGGACGGUGUGGCCCACGGGGCAGCAUCCUGGGGCUGUGGCUUUGCUUUUUCUGUUGCACCAAGGGAAUAAAACCCCCAGCUCGCAAGCGGUGCUUUCCCAUUUUGGGAAAACUGGCCGCUCUUCCUGCUGGUGAGCAACCCCAUCUCCUCUUCCUGAGCAAGAAACCCACUCGGUGCAUUAUUUUUUUCCAGUUCGGACGCUCAGUUUCCCACAUUGCUCCGGUAACGGGGAGGAGGGAGGCUGGCAAAUGCCAUUUGCUUUGCUCAUGCCAGUAGUUCUGCCUGACUUCGGGGGGGGAAAAAACUUUUUUUGUCAAGGGACUGCUGGGUUGGGUCAAUCAUCACCUUGUCGUUACCUAUCGUAUUGCUGAACCUAAGGGCCCGUUUCGGAUGGAACAGAUGUUGAGUGAAGGUAUUUUCUACUAAAGGGAACAACACCAAUAAUACUGUAAAAGGUGCUAGAAUCAAACCUCAUUUUAUAUACUUUGGUUCUUAGAGAAAAAAACAAAUACACAGAAUUCUUCCUGUGCAGCCUUACUGUAGAUUGUUAUAACCAACUCUUUAUCCAAAAAAACAAACAAAAAAAAAAGUGAAAAGGUUAUAAAAGGACAAAAAUGAAGCGAUCCUGUAUAAAGUGUAACAAAUAUGACUUUCCUAUAUAAAUGUAAAUGAUCAGACGUAUAUUAAAAUGCACUUGAGGCAGGCGGCAAGCAUUAAAAGCUUUUGAAGCAUCUUUUUUAAUGCGCAACACCUGUCUUUUUUUUUGUUUGGCUGGUGCAAGAGGGAAUGUGCCAAGGCACUUUUAUUUCCUUUUAAUUCUGGUCAUGAUUUUGGGGGGAAAAGGAAAGAGGGAUGGGAAGGUGGGAGGUUUAGCUAACGAGCAAACCUGGAAUAUUCAUCUCAAUUUAUAUUUUUUUUUGGUGGGGGUGUUACUUUAUGACACUGGGGACUGUGUUUGGACUCAGUUCCUUUCUCAAAUGCUUUUGAAAGCUUUGUUGCCUGCCCCAGGUGCUGAGUAUAACUCUUACCUCAAGAACGCUUACAAAAAAAAAAAAAAAGUCAAUUGUUUUUUCCCAUCUCUGGAAAAAUCAAACAAAUGACAAGAACAAAAAGAAAAAGAAUUGAAAAAGCAAACAACCAGCAGUGAAUGAAGUAAUGAAAAUAAAAAAGAAAGAAGUCAAAGCAGAGGUUUGGUGAUCAAACCAAGCCAUUCUGGUGCUUUUCCCCUUUUUAUGUUGCUAAUGAUCAAAAUUACAUGAGAUGGGCUAGGACAAGUUUGUGGUCUUAGGAUGUAGCAAAAAAUGUAUUUAAAAAGAAUACACAUUUGCAUGGAAAAAACUCUGAUGGAGCAUUUAAAGAAUGGCUGUUUCAAUGUCAGACGUUUAAUGUUAGCAUGUGUGUGUGCUGUAUAUACCUUUUCAUGUGUGACAUGUACAGUUGACUGAGGAAAAAAACACAUAUGGAACCGAACAAAAAAUAAUAAUCAAAUGCUAUUUUAUCAGAUGAUGCACUUUUUCACCUUGAUGAGAAGCCACUGUUCACAACUAUGCAAUCUUCCAGUUUCUCUCUCUCUCUCUUCUCUCCAACCUCAAAUUUCCCAACUAUUUUCCAUAACCUAAACCGUUUUUUCUUUUGUACAAAGAAACACAAAAAGUUCCAAACUCUGGUUCAAGGUGAGAGUGCUACUGUGACUUUUCUCAAAUGAUAAGAGCUAACAAACAGACAAACAAAAGGGGUUUGGUUUGGUUUGGUUUUUAAGAAAAAAGGAGGUUCGGACAUGACCCUCUUUGUGUUCUCUAAGUGAAUUGAUGUUUUCUACAUGUGCCAGGCUUCCGUUGACUGUUUUUGGGUUUGGUUUUGUUUCUUGAUUCAUGUUCUAUCUCUUGGGUUUUAGGAUUGAUUGAUUUAUUUCCUUAUGUAUUCUUAUGUAUUUCUCUUUUUUUUUUUCUUUGUUUCUUUUUGUUUUUAAUUCUGGUUUUGUAUUGUAGGUAUUGGGGAUGUGAAGAUGAAGGUGAAAUUUGGCUUAACUUCAAGUGUUUUAGUACAUGUGUGUGCUAUAUGUAUAUAGUUUUCUACAUAGAAAAAUUUACGCGCUUUUUAACGCACUUUACGACAUGUAUGUACAAAGUUGUCUAUAUAGAAAAAGUAGUGAGUGUUACCUGACCUUCAAAGAAGAGAGUUUUGAUUAAGAGAAAUCCAGAUAUUUGAGUAUCUCCCGCGCGCGUGUGUGUGUAUUAUAUACUAUAUUAUAUAUUAUAGAAAUAUAUAAUAGCGUAUGUCCAUGUUAGGGUGUGUAUAAUAUAUACACGCAUCCAAACACAUGACCAUGCCCACCUAUACCAUCAAAGUAGAGGUUUUGCCUUUCUUUAAGGUUUUCAAGCUACAAUAAAUAGCCUGGCUCUACUGGGUAAUCUCCUUCCCUGUCCUUGGAUGAAAGGUAGAAAAUUCUCCUCCCUUGUUAUUCCCAAUGCACCAACCUCUUCGCGUGGGAGAAUUGUGUGCAUAAACCCAGGGGGAUUCCGCCUUUAUAACCUUUCUUUCCCCACCCCAGUUUACCAGUGGGUGCUGAGGAGAGAGGAAACAGGUCAUCCAGUGAUGAGCUCAGGAAACCGAGACCACGAGAUGUGGCUGCCAUGUCCCCUGCCAUGCCACUUAGAGCAACAUCACUCCCACUUCUCUGUGCCUGUCAGAUUGGGGUUGCUGAUGCUUACCAAGCCUUUAAGCACUUUGCACUCAUGGUCCCUCUCUGCAAAUACUGCAGGGUUCCCCUCAACACCAGUGGGAGGUGAUUCGGGCCAGUUUACAGUAAAGUCUUCACCAUCUUACCCCCAUCCUCCAUCUCUCUUCUGCUCUCGAAGCUCAUCACUGCCUCAUUGGUCUACGCGUUGUCCUUCAUCAUCUUACCAUUAUGUUUUAAAUGAGCACCAGUGUGCUUCUCCUUCCUUCCACUCAAUGUUUUCCAACCCUUGAGAGCGUGGCCAACCACACUUCAAGUCUUCAAGUCCCUUUGUCAGAUUCUCCUCAGCCUUGGUACCUCCAGGCACCAAAUCAACUUUGAAAAGGGCAAGACCCUGAGGUGCUGCUGUUACUCCCAUUCUUGCUCCACAUCCUGUGUGCAGACCUCCUAUUUCUUGGGGUAGGGCAGACGAAACCCCAGUUCCAACUUCACCGCUCAUUGGGCACCUGAUUUAGUAAAGCUCUUCCAAAGGACAGCUGGGCUGGGUGUUAUACUCAUCUCCAGAUAUAGAAAGGGCCCCUUCUGGAGCCAGAAAAAGUUGGAAGGACAAGGGGAUGGGUUUGUGGCCUCUUUUUCAUGUGUCGGUGAGAACAUAAGUGCACAGACUGGUCUCUAGCAGCAUGGACAUCUCUUUCAGCCAGUUGCUCAUGCUUGAAUCUAAACAGGAACUUCAUGUCAUCCUUCCUAUUGAAUUUAAACCCACAUUUAUCUGAAAACAGCUGUAGUAGAAAAGCUGGGAACAGUCUUCCCAUCUUGCACAACCUCAUGGCUGCAGCUCUGGGCAGUUGGUUGCUUGAUCUGUAGAUCCAGGUGGGCUCAGAAACCUGCUGUGGGUGCUUCACGUAGCUCAGUUCUCUAGAAAACAGCAUCCAUAUCUAAAAUAUUUUAUCAUAGGACACCUCACCCAGCCUUAGACACUGACUAUUUAAUGGUAUCAUGUGUAGGGUGCUGUAUUGCCUCAAGUGUCUACUUACCCACUCUUCCUGCACAAAUGCAGGCUCUUCCAUCUACCUGCAGUGGCAAGUUUCAGGCUGUGGCUGGUGUUUGCAAGGCGCUAUAGCUGUCCCUUGGACCUGCUGUUAGGAUGCUGGGAUCUGUGGGUUGGGUGAAUGGUUAAUCCCUCACACAAAUCAGAUGGUGCUUUAGGGUUAGAGGUUUGUGCUUUAGUGGUAGAGCUUUUUAUUUAGUGUUAGAGGUUUGUACUAAAGCCUUAAGUGGAAAAAAAAAAUGAAGAUACUUCUCUGAUUGCUGGAUUCUGCAAAUGGAGAAACCUAGAGGGCAAGUUUGACUCAAUCCAUAGCUGUGCAGUUAAAGUCCACACACUCCAGUUUCUAAAAGGGAGUAAGUUGCAAAGGCUUCUCCCUUCUUUGCCUCACCAAGAAAAUGUAUGUAAGGGAAAAAAUACAUGGAGGACACUUGGCAAUAUAUUCUCCCUCUUCAGGUUAUCCAGCACCUUCAAAGAAAUUCAGUGAACCCACUGGAGCUAAAAUUCAUUCAAAAUAGUUUUUUGUGAAAUGAAAAAAAUAAACUUUUAAGAGGGUGUUGGCAAACAGCAGGAGAGGUUUGCUUUGUGGACAAGUAUAAAGCCACUUGUAGCUUUCAGGCCCUAAGAGGGAACAUAUUUUGUGACCCCCUGAUUGGGGAUGUUUGAUCAAAGUACUUUGCCUGCUGUCUAUAAGAGUGUGGGACAGAAAUCCUCUAGUUUAGCCUGAAAAGCUGGAUAUCCAGUGAAUUAUCAAGAUCCCUUCCAUGUUCAGGAGAAACAGCCAGACACCUCUGGGUAGGGAUUCAUCCCAGAUGGUUUCCAGUUCAGAUGGUUUUCAGUUCAACCACCACAUUGAAAAUGACACAAAAGAGCAGGUUGUGGCCAUUUACGGAACAGCUGGGGAAUCGUACUCCUUCCAGGGCACCACUUCCUACCUUUGCAGCAAGCUUAGCAGAUACGUUUGAGCAGCAACAAAUGGGCUACCUAGUCUGGAGCUUCAAAAUUGUUUUUAUCCAUGUUUCACAACGAACACCUGAGAGCUCUUCCCAUCGCUGAUGCAGGAGCCACACUGUGGCUCCUGCAUCUUGAGAUAUGAGGGUGCCACGCUCUUUCUUUGCUUCACUCUCACCUCAAGAAUGAAGCUGGUCCAAUGGCUUGAAGAAGAGCCUUCACCAACCAUCCCCUGCUCAACUGCCCUUGCUGGCAAUGUUUACCUGUACCCAGCCAGUUAAACCAACUGCUACUCAUCUUCUUGUCCUUACCGCUAUGGAUGUGCCACAAAAACACCAUCCUGGAUUGAUAGACUAAAUAUAAAAAUCCAGUAAGCCCUAGGUUAUCCCCACUCCCUCCCCUGAGCUAUUGGGAUCCAAAUUACCUGUAGAGCCCCAGUGAUCCAGGUGCCUUAGCAAGUCUCCUUGUAGGAGUGAAAACCAAGCAGCCAGAUCCCACCAGGUCCCCACACUGGUCACACCACCACCCGGUCACUUCAGUGGUACCUUCUCGCCACGUAUCUGCUCUUGCCUGAGAAGAGCAACAGAAUCCAUCGAGGGGCUGCCCUUCUACUGAAGCCUUGUUUUGUUGGCCAUUGUCAACAAGCCCAAGCUAAUAUUCACGAGCAUGUGUUGGUGAAUGUAGCCUCAAGCAUUCCCAGGGUCUGCUGCUUCCCCUUGGCCAUCAAAAAGAGAGGGGCUUAUCUUUCCUUCACUUACGUUCAGUGCCAGUAGCUUCCCCUGCUGUAGAGCCCCCCCUCUUUGCAUUCAUGCGCUGCUGGUACCCCUAGGACACAGGCUGUUGCUCAGAGCUUUUUAAUCACCCCUGCAAGUCAUGAAAAAUCAAUGGAAAAAUUUCCCUUGAAGACGACUAGUUUGUAGAAACCACUUCCGAUUUACUUCUGCCUUCUCUUCCCCCCCUUUCCAAAUGGCAUUAUUUCUAAACAGACUUUAAUACCGUUAUCAGUGUUAGUAGGAUCCAUUGAUUAAGCUGUGAAUCAAAGCUCACUGCUGUGCUGGAUAUACAUAUGUUAAUGACAGUUGUGUUAAGCCAAAUUUAACAGCUGGAUUCUUCAACAUCCCUUUGUUUUGUAUCUACCUCACUAUGAUUUCUUUGAUUUCUUGUGAUUUAGUGUUGUAUACAAUGUCAGAGGUGAUAUGUAGAUAAAAAUAUAUAUAUAUAUAUAAAAAUAUAUAUUUUUUGCUUUGCAAUAAAGCUCAAAGCUAUAACACUGAAUAUUCAUAAAAUGUCAUAAUGUUUAUUGUGAUGUUCCCUUCUUAGUUGUAAAAUCCUGUCUGGAUCCUAUUUUCCUGUACACUAGAAUCGAUAUUGUGUUCAUGAGUGAAUGGUUAUUAUUUCUGUUGCUUUUCCAUUUAAGUGAUAUUUUUGAAAUGUGAGAUAGACACCAGAAUUGUCAAGACAUGAAUUGGUUUAUGUAUUUUUUCCCCCGUAUAUAGCCUGCUUGUAACUGGAAUCAAAAUGUGACAUUGAAAGAAAAUGAUUUGCAGUCCUGAUCUUUCAAUUUUGGUUUGUCUGAUCUUAGUAUUGAAUUUGGCAGGGGGCAGAGAGGGAGCAAAAAAGGGAAGCUAUUAGGAUGAGCAUAGGAAGGAAUGAAGGAAAGAUACUCAUCACCAUUUGGGUGAAGAGAGGCUUCAUUCUUUGAAAUAAUUGAAACGAAACAUGGCACGUACCUGAGCAUGGAGACUGCACUCACUGAGUUUAAUUCCAGACACUGAAAAGCUGAGUGCCUAAUGGCAGUCACUGGACCAGAGUCACUAAUCCAGGUCCUUUCUAUGGGAAUAGAGAGAGACAAAAAGUUCCCUAGGGCACUUCGCACCUAAGACACUUGUCUAAGAGGUGUGGGAUACAUCUCCUUCAGGAAGGUUGUAUCUCCCCAUCUCCGUGGAUGGUGCUGAGUUGAGCUCACAUUAGACACCUCAACUUUAUGGCCUAACGUCAAGUUCAAGGACUCCCAUCGUAAGUGUACCAAUACCAUCCAGGCAAAUGACAACUGCCUCAAUUUUUCAUUGUGUGUGUUAUUCCAAACCAUGUGUUACCUUGUGCUCCAUCAAGGGAAGGGAUGAGGAAGGUAGGAGCUCCUGCUCUCUUUGUAAAGUGUGAGGGACUUGGCCUAUUGCUCCUAUGCUCAUGUGGUAGAAAAUGUCCUUGGACCCAGCAAUACCGUAAUGACCAACUUCUGGCACAAAAAUGCUGGCUGAGCCCUGCAGUGGGGAGACGGCCAUCAGGGAGGACUGUUGAGGUGGACGGGACCUCUCAUCUCUUUAUUCCCAGUAAAGCCUUUCCAAGAGCCACACAGCCUUAUCCCUCUGCUGGAAAUGUUAGGGGACAAAGCCUGCACUGAGCUUCCCCAUCAACUCCCACGCUGCUCCUGGAGGCAGGAGUUUGAAAAUAAAAGCACUGAGGCCCAAAUGCUGGGACUCUUUGCUUGAUUAGCAAAUAUUUCCCUGGAUCUCAUGCAUUGACUUUACUGGGAGCAGAGUGAGGUGAAUCCUCUCCAGUUCCUUUCCACCAGACCAGGUGGAAAAUAUUUUCCUCCACUGCUUUGUCAAAGCUAACAAACAAACAAACAAACAAACAAAGUAAGGACCAGAAAGAAUCAGACACAAAUGAAAUAUGAGAUAUUCUUUAAAAGUAAGGAGAAAAGAAAUACUACUGAACUUAAAUCCAGAUCUUCCACCACGGAAAAUAAAAAAUAAGUAAAUAAAAACAAGAAAUGAAACCCAAAUAUGAAUAAAUCUAAAUGGAGAAAAUGUUACUGGGUUUCACCUAAAGCACAUGACAGGACUGCAAAAUACAUUAUUUAGAGUGGGUUUCACGAGACCUCUUCUGUGUUGUCUUCUAUCUAAAAUUUGCACAAUUGUUCAGUACAAACAGCAAUUUUUUUCCUCAUUCUAAUCUGGUGUCUGUACAAAUCUGGCUUGGUUUUUGGUUUGUUUUUUAUCAUUUUUGUUGCCUGUUCCCAGCAAUUUCUAUUUUUAUGGUGUAGUAUUUUGUCUAUAUGGAAUGAUAUACAGAUGUGUUCAUGAAAUUGUAUAGCAGAUGGAAUUACAGGUUGGAGUUGAUUUGAAAAAAAAAAAAAAAAAAAUCUAACAAUGAGAAAAAUAUCUAUAUGAAAAGUAUGCUUCCAAAGUGUGUGUUUGAAUUUGAGCAUUUUGUCAUUUUCCUGAGCUUUUUGAAAGGCUUGUUUUGAAAUAAUGAGACUUAAUGAAGGUUGGGGUUUUUGAGAUACAAAAAGCACAAUUAUCGUUAUACUGUUAUCAUUUUUAUUUAGGUUCCAUUACGUUAUUUAAUUCUUUGCCUAUCUGGACAUUAUAAUCUCCAAAUUUUGACAUGCAAUACAUAAUCCUUUGUAUCUGCUUAUUAAUCAUCUUGCAUUAGGCAAAAGGAAGAGAUGCAGCUGUUUCAUUUCUGCUCUGGAAUCAUGCAGAAUUCCUGGCCUUAUUUGUCCUUUUAUUUGCUUUAAAAAUAGGGUUGAGUUUUGUAUUUGAGGUUAUUCUCUUUGAGACUUACUGUAAGGCCCCAGAGGUCUUCUUUUAACUGAGAAACAAAGUCUAUCCAGUAAGCAUAAGACAGCCUUGAUUUUACAACAUCUGCAGUGAAAUGUGACGUGUGAAGGGAUAGGUCAUGCAGAGCAUUGGUGGAUCUGAUCUGGCCACAUUGAUAAUAGUUGAUGAGGGGCCAGACUUAUCUGUUUUGCACUCCACAGCUGCAGAGAGAGGUGCUGAAUUAAUGUCUGAGCAGUUUUAACCGUGUCCUCGGAUGUCCUCAGAUUGAUCGGUUGGUUGAUUGAUGAAAUGGGAAAGUCUUAAGCAUUUCUUUGUCAUAAUCUCUUUGAACGGAGCCUACAUUUCCUUCCUUUAUUCUCACAGAUAUUUCCACUGAUGCUCAUGGGAUGCCUUUGGGUUUGGCCAUGGACGCAUUUUUUUGUUAAGUCUUCUUGUCGCUUAGCUACUGUGGUCAUAUCAGGACAAUUUGCUGAUGCUGACUUUGAGGUUUUACGUUCUUUUGUGGCAUUGCCUCUGCUUUACCGAGAAGCUCUGUGUCUCUUCCAUCAUAUGCAAUAGCUCUGUGGAGGAAGGAGGGGUCCUUCCAGCUUCAUGCCAACUGGUGUGCUAACUGCUCUUUUCCAGGUUGUAAGACUAUUCAUUAAAGGGUCCAUUUAUUUUGGUGGAUGUAUCGCAAGCAAAACCUUCCCCUUACUCCAGCUCUGUAAACAUGGGAGAGCUCUGCCAGCUUCAGUGGAGCUGACUCAGCAUUUGGGCUGGCAUAAAGCAGCAGCGUGCAUUGGUGAGAAGGGUGUGCUGUUUGAGCAGGAGUUUCCUCUCCGGUGACUGCUGCAUGACAGAUAGCAUAAUACGUGGAUAUAAUAGCAUUGGAAAUGUCUUCUCUUGUCUCAUGUGCUAAAGAUAAGAUUUGGAUAAAGGAACGUGCAGGUUUUGGGGAGGGAGCUCUUAGAGAAACCAAGCCUCACUGGAUUUUGGUUUUCCUUUGGAACUACAAGCCAAAAAGCAGAUGAGAUUGGAAGUGUUGUUUGCAUGGGCUGUGUUUGAUACAGAAGUGACAGAAGAGAGUAAUUUAUUUCUUUUUUGGCCUCUUAAAAAAAAAUGUGAAGGAAUUUCUGACAUGGAGAGAUGUGCAACAGACUCAUUGGCAGCAGCAGAUCAUGAGAGGAUAAGGGAGGUUUGGCAGAUUUUGUUAGUGGGUAGUGACCUUGCUUUUGUGGAGGCAUCUCUGGGUGACCAAUUAGUUCUGUCUUUAACAGAAGAGGCGUCUGCUGUCUUUUGAAGCUGGAGAUGAAGCCAAGGGGCUUCAAGUUCUCCAAACUUGAAUUCCUGUGUCUCUUGGGGAUUUCUGGGAGCACCAGCAGUGUUUCAGAAGGGAGACGUUCUCCUUGGGAUGGAUGGCACUGGACCCUAACCCUGAAAUGGGCAGAAAAGACAACUGAGAGGCCUGAGCAGGAAAGGCCCGAAUUGGAAAGCUAUCCAGUGGACAAACUCAACAGACUCAAUUCUUUUAAAGCAGCUUUUAUGCAUUGGUGUGAGAAAGUUGGAUAGCACCAUAGUCAAUUAGUUUCCCUAAAAGAGACUGUGCCUUCCAGAAAAGUCUGUAUAGAAAACAAGUUGCAUAUGGAAGCUCCACGACCGUGGCACUAGGAACCAUCCACCAGAGGAUGACCAGAGGAAAAGGGGCAGAGAGCUCUUGGAGUCCCAGAACAUAGAUCCAGGAAGCCCCGAGCCUUGUUUCCCAAUGGGGAGCUGCCGAGCAUUUCUAGUUCCUGAAAUGAUAAAGAAACAAGAGUGGUUCCUUUCAAUAACAUGAGGUCUGGGCCACUCUGGACGUACCCUGGAGUUAAACUGACCUGAGAUCGGGGUUUUCCUGAGAUCCUUUAGUCAGCAGAGCACUGACAGUGGCUUGGACUCUUUUUUAUUCUCUCUCAGUCAUCUCCUGAGACUUGGAGGCAUGGAGCCCUGCAAGAAGUCAGAGGUGGCUUGCUCACUGCUCAGGUCAAGUCAGGAUGGAUGGCAGCAGAAGACGGAGAUCUAUUAAGAAGCAGAUUUGUGUCCAAGAUGUAAUGACACAUGGUAAAACGGUGUUUUGAGGGCUCCUGGGUCCUUCAGUGGCUGUACAGUUGGGCAUUAGAAUAUGGGCAGGCUCAAGUGCUGAAGGGGAAACGAGUGCACCAGAAGAUCCCACAAAAGAUACCAGAGCUUAAAAUACACAGAAAAAAAUCUGCAAUUUUAACCUGUUGGGGUCCUUCUCUGAAAUAUGCAGUCUUAGCAAGGGAAGGUAAAAAUGUGAGGGAGAAGACAGUGAAACUGUGCUUAUUAUGGCCCUUCCACUAGUCAGGAAAAGGUGGUUUUUCAAAUAGGAAUAAUCUCAGAUAAUCUCAGACCCAAACAUAAUUAGCCUGGAAACACCAGAGCGGCCUCACCAUCCAGCCCACAGUCCUGCCUGUCCAUGACCUUGAUGAUCAGAUAUCCCAGGAGGAGGCGUAAGGCUGGUAAAUGUUGGAAGGAUAAUCUUCCCCCAACUCAGUGGGCAUCAUGCAGGGUGAAGGGUGGCACAUUUGGAUGUGCUCUGAAGAUGCUGAAGCUCUAGUCUUGAUAAGAACGACAGUCUGUUAUCCCAUUCCUGUUGGGUUCCUCGUCUGCAUCCACAAAAAGAAACAGAAGAGCCCAGGGCCUGGUCAGAGGCCCUGUGACCCAGUUGUCAAUAUUACCCAAGUGUAAGCCCAAGUGUCCUUGGCCCAAUGUCAGCUGGGGACAGAUAGCAUUGACUUGAAGAAUUAGCCGGGGUCUGGAGGCAACAAGCACUUUGUUUGGUUGUGGGCACCUUGUUUUGGAGGCUGAGUGGUGUGAUAUCACACCACGAACUGUGGUGUGAUAGGCAAUAUUACCUGAAAACAGACUAAACCAACAACCAAGUCCAUGCUUAAUGAGAGAGACAAGGUUUAUGGGAGAGAUAUAGAAACAGAUUUUAUUAUUAAAAUACCUUCUGCUUUAAACCAUGCCUAUUGUAUUACCUUAAUCUAUGCCAGCUACCAAAACAUGACUAGGACGUUUUUAGAAAUGCUUUGCAAUGGAUUUUGUCUCAGUAUUGACAUUCUAGUGUUAAAAAAGCUCUGUUUUAAUCCUUCUUUCAAUCCUUUAUGGCCUGCACCCUUUUCAUAUCCCAGGGUACAUACCAAAGCAAGAGAAUUCAACUUUGCAAGGUGCCAAAGGUUUCUUAUUAUGUCCAAAAAUACCCUCCCUGCUUUACGUGGGAGCUGAGGGGAUCAGUAUGUUCCAGGAAGAGCCCAGAAUUUUUUUGCUCCAUGCCUUCCCUUUGUUGUCCUGCCAACAGAGCCUCAAGGACAGCAUAUGGCCUUGUUACAUUUGCUUUUUCUUAAAAAUAUAUAAAUAAAUAAAUGAACCAGAGAGCUGCAUGAGUUCUAAUAGUGCGAAAUGAGCUGUGUUUAAGUGCGUUUCCCUCAUGCAAGCAAGAGACUUCUGCAGAAUCCAGCAGCCUUACGGCUGGCUGUAUGUUCCUGCAGUUAUUCCUUAUUUUCCAGGCAUGAGAAAUGAUCGCUUCUUCCCAGCCCAAGACUGGUUUAAGAUGUCUUUGCCUUUUUCCUGGAAUAACUCCCCCAGCUCUGAUGCUUACUUGCAACUUGGCCUUGGGCUUCCUCAAUUCUCAUAGCCAGGAGCACUGAAAGAAUUUGCAUCAAGGGGCCAGUUUCCCUCAAAGUGAGAGCAUACAAGGUACAACUAGGAGGAUUUGGCCCAUGGUAGAGUUUAUGUGAGUAGAGGGCAUGAAUCUCCGUUAACCUGUGGCAUGUCUUGGCUUUCAAACUUGCCCUGUACAGACUGGGAGGUGUAGCAUCAGCAUCUUGAAGACCCCCUUUUUAUGUCCCUGAAGCAGGUGGGAGUUUCAGGACAGACUUCGUCAGGAUCGUUUUGUUGGGCUUGUCUUUCAGAGCACUGAAAAGAGCUACAGCUAGUCAGGCACAGCAGGUGAACAUAGAAACCUAAAACCUGUGCCAUAAGAUGGAAUCCAGAGCAGAGAAAACCUCAGAUCUACAAAGGUCCUAUGAACUUCAGCUCGUCGUGAGACCUUCCUCUGUACAUCUGCUGGAGACACUCUCACAGACAGGAGACUAGCAGUGGCUCAGAAGCUCUUCCCUCCCCAGUCCUCCCAGGGAAGAGCUAAAGUUGGAGCAGUUCUGCACUGUGAGCCCUUGGGAAAUAUUUGGCACAGCAGCCUGAGGCUGGGUUAGGAGUUUGCAGAUUUGGUAAAGCAGAUGGCUUCCCAACUCUCAAGAUCUCUUGUAUCUGCUCAUUCCAGCAGGUCCUGUGUUCAGUGCAUUGGAUGCUUUUGCAUAAUUACUUUUUUUGUGUGUGUAAAUUUUGAGCCUUUUUUUGGAGGAGAAAAAAAGGGAAUUAACCUCUUCUUAUAUUGUGACACAACCAGCCUUGAUAUAAACCGAAUUUCAGAUGGAGACUCAGCCAGUUAUGGAUAGUUCAAACUAGAUCCUCCCUAACACUGUCCUGGAGCAGUACAAUUCCUCAUUCAGUAAAAUAAUCGAUCGAUUUACAUGGAGCAAAGGUCAGCUGAAAUUAAUCUGCUAUUAAAAACUGUACCACACAGCGUCAUUUCUCAAAAUGGAGAAUUUCAAGCCAAUUCAUGAAAGAGAUCAUCAUCAGUGAGGAAUACUGGUGAACGUACAUAACAUCCGUGCAGUUAUCUCUGCUCUGCUGGUGAAGAACACCAGAACUAUGCCACAAGCCUUUCAGUCAUGACUUUCCCUGCAUCAAAUUAUUGGGAUGAAAUCACUAACAGUUCUCAACAAAUCCAUUUUUCUCCCAGUAUAAAUAAGGAAAAAAAUACUGCUGUCUCUUCUCACAGCUCCCAGAUUACAGAGAAGAUGGUUGGAUUGUCCUGCCUCUGUCAUUUAAUUCAUACAUUUGCUCUGAAUUAGGAAAACAAGAAGAGGACUAUGGCCAAGGCAUGACUUCUGUUCUUCUACUCUGUGAACUUUCGCAGAGGUUCUUCCCUUUGCUGUGUCCUGGCUGUUAUGAUGGUAGGUGGUUUUGUAGGUACCAUGGAGGACACUAUGAGAAUACUCUGCCAUUUUCAUUCUUUGAUAAUUUGUCUUAGCAACAACAAUGUAAGUCUUUUGUACAUGGCUUAUUUAGUAUUUUUUAUUAAAGUAUGUUUAGUCUCCAUCAGCACAAUAAUUAUUCACCCCUCUGUACCAUGAACAGAUACACAUGAGGCAAGAUGCUGGUAUGAAGACAUUCUUCCAGGGCAAUUUUAUUUCCUCUUUAGCAAGAAGCAAAAACGUCUCCCACAGAGCUCCAGCAGGAAUCUCUGAAGUGUGAAGGUUUUUACUGAGUCUCCACUAGAAAUAGGAUCUCUUCCAUACAAGUGAUUCUGGGUCCUUUAGCUUUCUGUUUGCACCAUAACAUCCUGGCUGCUUUGGGAGGCAAAAAAGAUGCAAAAAUGGGUCACAAAAAUGGACCAUCUAAGGUGGGAUGAGUCUCACUUGACAUCUACAGUGUGGGUUAAGGAAUAGAGGCAGCUUUUACAGACUUUAGAAAGGAAUAUGUGCUUCUGGGAUGCAAUUCCUGUUGUUGGAAAGCAGCCAUCUGCACUUUGUCAGAUGAAUCAUAUCCUAGAAGUGUCUGUGUCUUUCUCAGCUUUAGAGGAAGUCCAAGAUACUAGCUCAAAUACAAGGAUCAAUCUCUGUUUGUUUGGAUAAGCAGGACCCAACUGUCUCAAGAUCAAAAUGGCUUUUAAAAAUAUAAUCCACACACUGCUUACCUGUCAAGGUUGUCUUCUGUGUCUUACACUUCUUAUGUAUGUGGAAAGAAAAGGACCUCUUGAGUUCGUCAUUAUAACACUAUUCAAGAUUGAGCCAAGUUGAUGGCAAUAAAAUUUCUGUUUUCCCAAAAUGUCUCAUUGGAACCUUAAUGGCCAGCUUACAUGUUAUUUGCACAGUAACCCUGUCAAACAACCUACUUUUACUUUUCUGCCCUAAUUCAGGGUUUCAACAAAGAAGUCUCAGCCGGUGAAACUAUAGAAAUCACUUUCAGUCCUCGUCUUCUAUCCAGACUUGAUCAUAGUCAAUUUUGCUUAGCUUGUGCUUGUAGGUAAGCUUGCCACCCAAUGCAGAAUGGUUUUAAAGAAUCAAAAUCAACUUGCCAAGCCCCUCCAAAAGGGUGGCAUAAAGUUCCUCAUCACCUCUUCCAGAUUUGUACUGCAUCACAUAGAAACAAUUCAGAAGUUUGAAUUGUAAUGUCUGCUACUUUACAAUAGGAGAGGAUAUUGUUCAGUGUGCCCACUUCUCUUACACAAACCUGGCAUCCUUUUGCAAUCAUUCAUUGUCAUUUUCAAGAGAGGUUUUAAUGCAACGACAUCAGGAUUCAGUGCUGAGAGAUUCCCUGUGCUCCAUAACGCACAAAUCUUUCAAAUGGCUUUCUGGACAUCACUCUGGAAUCAGGACACCAUGAGCUAGAUCGAAGAUGGAUCAGUAAGUUCAAGAUGGAAUACAACAGCACUGAGAUGUGCCAGUACUCUGGAAAAUCCAAAACUCAACAAAUUUUCAAGAGUUUGGAAAGAAUGAAUGUUCCUGGUAAGAUUCACUUUAUCUGACUUAGAUAACUAAAAGUUAACUCUCCAAAGUCAAGCUCUUGUAGCUCAAUUUUCUUUUUGAUUCUUGGAGAAUAAUACUCCUAGCAGAGAUAUCUAAAGAGAGGUGAAUCAGUCUCUGGAAAUGCCUUUUUCUUUCCACUGACUACAAAAGGAGCCAAGGGUGAUUUUCCAAUGCAAUGUGGAUAUAGGAGGCCAUUUGCACUAGUCAUGCAGAAAAUUCUUUUGUGUAAGAAUGAGGCAACAUUCCUGCUGUCCUUCUACCCAAAAUUCAUCAGAGAAGUUCAGACAUUAACAUCCAAGAGGCAAAAUCACCUGAUGAGACAGAGGUCUUUGCCAUUUCCCAGAGUAAUGAAGCUUAUCCUUCUCAAAUAGACUCAGUCUCAUGUCCCAAGGCUUUACAUAGCCCAGUUUAUUGCAGUUUGGCAUAUCAGAUUUUGACCACUUCUUUUCUAGCCUGGAAACUUGUGCUUUGAAGUAUUUGAGUACUUUCUGGUCAGACAAUAAAAAAGUCUCCAUGGAUAUUGUGACUUUUUAGUCUUUUUGGUUUAGGCUUGUGAUUCACUGUCUUGAUGUUAUUUAGAGUUUCCGAGGAGUGGUGCUGUUUCUUUUACAAGUUUUUGGGGCUGAAUUUCUCUUUGUCUUUGAAAUUUAUUUUUGCUUUAGAAUAAUGACCAUAGCUAAAUAAAUGCCUCUUGCAGUGAAAACUGAGCAGCCCACCUAGUAGUGCCUCCAUACUUUGACUGCUUUUCUGGUGGCUGAUCAAGCUUUGAGAUGAAUGCCUCAUUUAAUGAAAGCCCAGGGCAAAGGAGCACUGGCAUAAGCAUGUGUCUGAUCCUUGAACCUUUCAUCUUUAUAGGUAUUAUUCCUGAUCAGGGAUUUUGUCAAGUUUCUUUCUUUCCUAUGAGCCAGAUUGGUACGAGCUCCCACAGUGUUUGGUAGAUGUCAUCAGCAAUGACAGGCUCUCUUCAGAAAAAAAAAAUAAAUAUAGCAACAACAACAAAAAAAGAUGGCUUUUCAAAAAGAAGGUAACCAGUAUGUGUAGGAGCUCCUCAGGCCAAGGUCAAGGUGUGCCCCUACGUGGAGAGGCUUUGCAGUGGGGAGCUGCAGGGUGAUGGUGGAGUUGAGUGGAGAUGCUGAGCGUGGAGGAUGCAGUGUCUGGCAGGACCAACGUGCGGCCACUGAUAGAGACAAGGGCGUCCCACUGCUGUGCUGGACUUGUGUUGUUUCUUGGUCUCACAAGAGUUAGGAAUAGUCUAAAGAGUCAGGAGAGAGAGGCAGAGAUGGAAGAUCUUUGGAAAAAUAUUUGUCUUUAUCUCCACUGAGCUCGUAACAUUCGUUCAACCUCCUUUAGCCUCUAGCUGGAACUUCAUUUAGCUGAGGAGUGAGGUGCAAUUUUCAAACUAUGAGAUUUUUCUUUUAAUAUAAAAUACAUUGUCUGAGUAAUUUUGCAGACUGUCCCACCUGAAGAUCCUGUAGUAAGUAACCUAGUCACUAGGAGCAGGGAGAGAAGUUGAAAAAUGGAAUAAUCCCAGUGAACUUUCACUCUAAAAAUCAAAGUGCCUUGUCUAACCUCUAUGCAUCUGCUUCCUCUACCAUCAGCAGAAGGAGAUAGGCACGUCUGGGGAGGAAUUCAUCCUACACAUCUCACACCACUUUUUUGGGGUCUAACUUUCUCAUCCGUAACUUGAAGUGAGAUGAAACUCAUCCCAUUUGCCUGAGUGAAAGUAACUCGAGGAAGCAGAAAUCACAAAAUCAAGCACUAAAUAAAUUCCUGAAGUGCUGUUCAAGGGACAGGGAUAUUUCUGUCCAGGUGGUGGCAAAGUCAGCUGGACUCCUCUUCUUAGAGCUGUGAUAUCAUCUGCAGUCUCAGAUCUUCCUGACUGUUGUCUGAUCACUGUUUUCUUGUUCAGACAAAAAUCUGGUUGGUUAUAAAGAUCAAUGUCUUUGAUUUAAUCAGCAAGCUUAUGUCAUGAUUCUACUAUUUUAAAGCUUCUUUAACUCAGAAAGGCUAAGGCUGGUUUCAGUAAGUCUGUAAUCCCUGCUAGUUAAAAGUCAUACUAUUAAAUAUAAUUGAAUUGUAAUUAAAGAACAACCACAAAGCCAUGGUCAGAACAUCCUCCAAUUCCAUUUCUUUUUAUCAUAAAUCACUUGUUCUCCUUUCAGUUGGUGAUUUUUGCUAUUUCAUAGUGAGCCAGGUCAUGUCAGUUAACAAAGUACUUAUAGCAAUGUGUAUAUGAAUACAUCAAAAAUGGAUGUCCCAGGCUUGAUGGACCAGAACACCAUGUUGGAGGGAAAAUUCAGGUUGAUGAAUCUGCUGUCCUUCAUUCUUUCUGUGUGAGAUCAAAGCACAAUAACUGGCCUUACCCAUGCCAGCCAGAGGUACUUCCAGCCCCAGGAGUACAUGCAGAAACCGAGCUGGUGUAGAACACUCGGAGUCCCUAGUUCAGACAGCAACUCAGGAAUGAUGAUGUAGAAUAAGAGAGUGAAUCUCUCAGCAGCUUUUCACAGUUUUUGGCUUCAGUAGUUGUGGGUUAAAGAUUGACCAUUGUCCUCUCUGUGAUAGCCAACCUAAAUGGCUGGAUGCUCCAAAUUUAAGCUGUGCUAAUGCAGAUAGUCCAAUGUAACUGUCAAGAUCCACACUGCAGGCAACAGGAAAAGGCUGGUACUUCUGGAAAGUGACCCAUCUUAUAUCUCUUUCAGGAUGGAAGGAAGGAUUCUAGGCAAACCCAUAGAUAUUUAACUUCUGGCUGGCUAAAUACGCAUGUAGUAGAAAUGGUAAGACUUUGUCAUCUACUGCGUUGAAUUUCAGCUGUGUUUCCUACUCUCUUGAGUAUGAAAUGAUUCUUCCCACUUUAACCACACGUGACACGUGGAAGUGACUAUUUGCUUUCUAGAACAUUUUGGUAAUUUAACCUAGUUCUAAUUUCACCCUCUGCUUUUUGUUUGCUUGUUUAAUAUAGUGUCUUCCUGGUAGGCAGGGAUGGAAGGACUAAUCUCAGCUGAUCUUAAAGCAAUGGAAGAGGCUUCUUGACAUGAACUUGUUGCCUAUACUGCUACAGCCAACAGAGCAAAACAGGCACUAUCAGGCUGUGAUUCAUCAGAUUUUGGUCACCUCCAUGAUAGGAAGAAGAAUCACACUCCAGAAGUAGCUGUUGUGUGUGUCGAUUGCAAGCCAGGCAGAGUUUAACAACAAGUUGUUGACUGUAAAUAUCUGAGCAGCAGGGCUGUGGCAAAAUGGGUGUCUCUAAUGGCUGGACAUCCUGCAUUAUGUCAUUUGACUCGUGUCUGGUGGCGUUGGGUGACCUCUGCCCCCGGUCCAUAGAUGGUCCAUCCACUCAGUGCUUCCCCAAGGGCUUCGUCUUCAGUGCUAAUGCGAACAGAGUGGGGACUACUGCAUGAAUACUGCGAAGGAAGAAUACUCGUUAGCAGGGAUUUAUUUCUAGAGGAGACCAGGAGAAUUACCUAUACCUUUUGACAGAGAUGAAGGAGCUGUAGGGUCUUAUGCCAUAGCCAUUAAGUCAUGUGUGUUCCUAGGGCGUGCGUACAGGCUGGAUGCGGAGAUGUGCACCAACAGGGAAGAUUUGUGUUGGCAGCACACCACAAGUGACAGACAAGUAGCACAGCGAUGGUUCUUCUUUGAGUUCUGGGAUGUUUUGUUGUCCUUUAAGAGUAGACAGGAGCUUAAAGUUGUGGGACCUCAGCUGCACUCAUCCAUCUUGCGAAGACAGGGCAGUCAGUUGCACUGAUGUGAUUCUGGAUUAUCUCCAUUGAAUUAAUGGGUCGGAGUUGGUUUUGCCCCAACAAUUCCCUGAGUUGCUCCUUUGUGGUGUGUUCUCAGUACCUGCUUGCUUAGCUGUGAAGUUGUCUUUUUUGGGGUAGAAAUUGAGCAUCUUCCUUGAGUUAACCCCUCCCAGUGGUUUAUUGCCAGGGCUGCAGUCAUUUGCAUCUCAUCUCGAUAACUUCUAGAAAGAAAAAGCCCCUUCCCAACACAUCUGUGGCUUGGAAACCCGGGGCCGGCACGGGUGAGUCCCUGCCAAAUCAUUUCUAAGGUGAAAUGCACAAACUCAAAUCCCAGCUGGGGGAGGUCGGGCACCAGCCGGAGAGGCUGAGCGAGGAGCAGGAGGUGGAGAGCACUGAACGAAAAGACCCCUGCGCUCCGGGAGCUCAGCGGGGUGGCAGAAUGCCAUGACUCAAACACACAGCCACGUCCCUCAUUGACCGGUUUUUAACAUUCCUUUAAACGUCGGGAUCUCAACAAAGUUUUCAUGCUUUUUCUUAAGGCAAAAGUACGUGCUUGUGAAGUUGUGAAAUCGGUGUGUUAUUUUGUAUCUGUUAAAAAAAAAAAAAAUGUAUUUAAAGCUAAAGAGCCGUUAUUGUGCGGGGUUUUCUCUCAAACUGGUGCAUACACUUUACAUCAGGGACCUACUAUACAUAACAAAAAUCAGUGAUACAGCUACUGUAAAACCAGAUACACACCUUUUACUGUAAUAAUAACUUUAAAACCUUGCACUGUAAUGGUUGCUAUUAAAAAAAAAAAAAAAAAAAAAAAAAGCAAACAAAAAAAACCAACUCUUGUCAGAACUGAUUUUGUAUCUUUGAUUAUAUCUGAAAUUUUAGCAUUUUUGUAUACUUACCAUGUCAAUGAUAGCAUCCUCCAUGGUUAGUUUCCGGGUUCUGUUUCCUUUCUGUCUCCUAAAACACGUGCAUUGCUACAGGCUGUUGAUGGGCAGGGUAUGGCCACGGGAACCGAGUCGGUCACCCCAGCUCUUGUCAGAAAGAUGCGCCCGAGCAAGCCGAGUAGAAGGAAGAGCAAAGCCCCCCAAAACCAUUUGGAUGGUUUCAGAGCCCGUCAGCAGUUCCAGCUGCCCCGAGCGUACGACCAACAGAGCCGGCCAGCGACUCCCGAGCCACUUCUUUGUCCUGGCGUUGUUCUGGCCGCCUUGGCUGUCCAGCUCCAUCGCACAGCAAUGCAUUGCGAGUAGGUAGGAAAUCCAAACCAACGAGAUAACUUUGCUCAAUCACUACGUUUAUUGACUUUUUUUUUUUCUUUUCCCUUUAAAAUAAUUUUUUUAAAUAAGAUGUAUUU